GAAAAAAAGAAGAAAGACUACAAGUUAAGCCAUUAUACAUUAGUGAGAGGCUUCAUGAACAUUGACCGAUUUAAUUGUUUCUGUCCUAAUUCACAAAGUAGAUAAUUAUUAGUACGACAAGUAUGGAUGAAGCUGAUGCGAUGUAAAACUUCUAGAUGUAGAAUAGAUUUUCCCCCUCUCUUUUUUCAUGUGAUGAGUGUCUGCCUAGGAUAGAUAAUAAAGAAAACAGAGCAACGGGUAGUUCAUAAAAACUUUAUGAUACUGCAAUGAUCAAUGUAUACGAAUACCUUUCAAGUCAGUACAUCAAUCAGAAUCUGAACCGUUUGCUAUUUUGACAGCAUGAAAUCAGUGAUUGAAAGAUACAACAAAGCAAAGGAGGAGACUCAUAAAUUGGGAGAUCCAAGUUCCGAGGUCAAGUUUUGGCAAAGGGAAGCUGCAUUGCUGAGGCAACAACUAGAGAACCUGCAAGAGAAUCAUCGAAAAAUGAAGGGUGAAGAGCUAUCUGGAUUGAAUGUCAAAGAUUUACAAAACUUGGAGAAGCAACUCGAAAUGAGUCUUCGUGGCAUCCGUAUGAGAAAGGACCAAAUUCUGAUUGAUGAGGUGCAAGAACUAAACCAAAAGGGAAAUCUCAGCCAUCAAGAAAGCAUGGAACUUUAUAAGAAGCUAGACCUAGUUCGUCAAGAAAAUACAGAAUUGUAUAAGAAGGUUUAUGGAACUAGAGAUGCAAAUGCAGUGAGCAGAAAUGCCAUGAAUUCAAACAGUUUACGCGUCAAUGAGGACCCUCAUGCACCUCUUCAUCUCCAGCUAAGCCAGCCUCAGCAACAACACUAUGAAACACCAGGAACUACAAAAUUGGGGCUAUCACUGCAGCAGUGGAGUUGAUGCAGACUGUGCCAUUAAGCUCUCUUCUCGAUCAAGUACUCCAUGCGCAUGAAUAUAUGUUUAAAUUAUUAAAGACUGGUAUAGAACCCAUAGAUGUCAGGGAAAAUUGGCCAAUUGACCUGGUAAAUGUAGCAAGUUGGCAUGUAAUAGGUAUCCACAAAACAGCCACCCAAAUCAUGUUUAACUAUGAAUAAAGAAAAUGUUAGCACAGCUAAUGUUCUUCAACUGUCUUGAUACUU